CCUCCAACCUCUCCCCCGACUCCUCCCUCCACCUCCGUCACCUCAAACUCCUCCGCCACAUCGGCUCCGGAAACCUCGCUCGCGUCUUCCACUGCCGCCUCCACGGCUUUGACCACCUCGAUUUUGCUCUCAAAGUCGUCGACCUCGACGCCGCCGUUAGCACUCUCUCCCAUGUUCGCGCAGAAGCUCGCGUUCUUGCCUGCCUUGACCACCCUUUCCUUCCCACACUAUACGCCAGACUAGACGCCUCCCACUACGCCUGCUUCCUCAUUGAUUACUGCCCCGGCGGCGACCUUCAUUCCCUUCUCCGCCACUGCCCUGUUCAUCGCCUUCCUCUUCCCGCCGUCAAAUUCUACGCCGCCGAGGUCCUCCUCGCACUCGAAUACCUCCACGCACUCGGCUUCGUUUACCGUGACCUGAAACCUGAGAACGUGCUCCUUCGCGCCGAUGGCCACGUCAUGCUCUCCGACUUCGACCUCUGUUUCUACUCUGACGUCUCCCCUGUUCUCCACCUCCGGAAUCGCGGCAGAUCCGGCGUUGAGCUGGAAUUCGUCGCAGAACCAGAGUCGGCCUUCUCCCGAGCAUGCGUGGGGACACACGAAUACCUCCCCCCAGAGAUCGUCGGCGGUGCCGGCCAUGGUAACGGCGUUGACUGGUGGGCAUUCGGGGUUUUCAUCUACGAGCUUAUCUACGGCCGGACGCCGUUCAAGGGAGGCAGCAAAGAAGCUACUUUGAAAAACAUUCUCACAAGGGAGGUGAGAUUUCCCGACGGUGGGAGCGAUGAACGGCGUGCGGCGGUGGCUGCGAGGGAUUUGAUUUCGCGGUUGUUGGAACGUGAUCCGCGGCGGAGGAUAGGGAGCGUGAAGGGGGCGACGGAGAUCAAGCAGCAUCCUUUCUUUGAUGGUGUAAGUUGGGCGCUUAUUCGCAUGAUGAAGCCACCGGUGGUGGCGGGUCACGGCGGCGCCACCGUAAGGAAGAAAUUUUCGAGGGAGGGAAAGCGAUGGUGGACGUGGAAGUGGAGCUGUUGUAACAGUAAAAGCAAUGAUAGGAGCGUCGUUUACUGGAAGAUGAUUAAGGAUAUGAAAGCGAAACAGUGAUCACUCUUCUCUAGCUAUUACGUUCGCCAACACUGUUGAGAGCAAUCUUUGUGCAGACUAGUGCUUGUAAUUUUUUAUUUUUAUUUUUAUUAUUUGUGGUACUAGAUGAAAAAUUUUAUGAAUUUAUCAUCGCUUAAUUAUGAAUUUCAUAAGAAGCUAAGAGGUUUAAGAAAACAAAGACCAAUUUCAUUAAGCGCACAUUAUUCUAAUGAAAA